GGAGAAUGCUUCGAUAGACCUCGGCCGUUAUCAAUUCUCAGCUUCUGCGUCGUUGAACAUCCCUCGACCAAACUCUGCCUGCGUACUCUAUUGCGAUCGUGACAAUCUAUUCGCAUAUCACGAUGCAUAUGGACGAUGCUGAGUCAGAUUUACUCAAAACAUGGGUUAUCAAGAAACUCGAAAACAUUUCCGAUGCAGAUUCGGAUGUACUUGCGGAUUAUGUACUCGCGCUAAUCAAGACCGAUGAGCCUCUCCAUGUGGCAAAAUCUGCUUGUGUAGAGAACCUGCGGGAUUUUCUCGCGGAAAGCUCUGAAGGCUUCGUCAACGACCUCUACAGCGCGAUUGGCGCGAAAGCCUACGACCCAGCACGACCACCACCCAAGAUCGUCUCGAAACCGGCCAGCGAUGAUCAUAGUCGCGCAGCCCCUGGAACUCAGCACGACACCUCCGGACGGCAACCGGCAGCUUCCAAAAAGCGAUCUUACCACGACUGGGACCGCGAUAAUGCUCAUGGGACACCGAGCUUCCAUACAGAUGGAAACAAUCGCCCAAUCAAACAAGCCCGUCGUGGCGGAAGAGGAGGACUAGAGAGGGGCUCAAGGAACAAUUUCAUGCAGGAAUUGCGCGGUACUGCAUCGUCAUUUACGCCGAGUCAUCUUCAGGCUUUACCGCAGAUGCCUGGCCUUCCUCCAGGCAUGGCCCCGUUCGAUCCAAACAACCCGAUGGCAUCUUUCAUGGCCAUGCAGCAAUUCAUGGGAAUACCGCUUCCCGAGAUGCCUGGCUUUGCACCUCUUAACGCCGGGCAUGGUGUACAAAGAUGUUCGGACUAUGAUACCAAAGGUUUCUGCAAUAGAGGCGCCAAUUGUCCGUUCGAGCACGGAAACGACCGUCUCUUGCUUCCCGGUAGAGACAGCGAGUACGAUCCAGCUCAAGCAACUCUACUCAACGUGCAACCUAAUCGGACGGGCACAGUCGACGCAACGCCAGGUGUCCGCCCCCGCGGAGGUCACAGAGGUAGAGGACGCGGUGGAGUACCUACGCGUGGUAACGGAAGGCGGGCGGAUUUCUCGCAUCAAGGCCCAAUUCAUGAUGAGACGGCUACGACCAUUGUCGUGGAGCAAAUCCCGGAUGACAAAUUCAAUGGCGAUGCGAUCAAGGGGUUCUUUGCGCAGUUUGGCCACAUUGCGGACAUCACGUUACGGAAUCACAAGAGAAUAGCGUUGAUACAGUUCGAGGAUCACAGGGCCGCCAACGAUGCCUACAACAGCCCAAAGGUUGUGUUCGACAAUCGCUUCGUUAAGGUGUAUUGGCACAAACCGCAGAAAGCAGCCCGUGGACCUGAAGACCGAAAUUUCCAACAGUCUUCAAAUAACACCGCUGCCCCUGACGUUAUGAUGGAAGACACGGAGCAGCCCGUUGAUACGGCAGAAUUGGCACGUCGACAGGAGGAGGCGCAACGAAAGUACGAAACAUCUAAGAAGCAACGUGAGGAGCAGCAGCAACAGAAGCUUGAGCUGGAUUUGAAGCUUAAGGCUAUCGAGGCCGAGAGAAGCAAAAUGGCGGCAAAGCUUGCUCACAAAGCCGGAGGUUUACGUGCACAAUUGGCUAAACUCGAAGCGGAGGCGAAAAGUCUCGGGAUCGAUCCAGAUGCUUCCGCGGACGGCGCAGCCUGGGGCGGAUUCCCGUCUCGAGGGAGAGGCAGAGGUAGCUUCCGCGGCCGGCCCGGACGUGCGGGUUUCUACCCCGGAGGUAGAGGAGGAUGGGCCGGAGGGGCGGUGAAACGAUUGGACAACCGGCCCAAAAUUGUGGCCAUCUCAUUCAUCGAUGGUAACUACGAAGAUCACGACGAGGCGCUGCGACAGUACCUCCUCUUCAGUUCCACUGAAAAUGUCACGCUCACCCAGCAUCCAUCUCGUCCGAACGUCGCGCUGCUUGCGUUUACGGAGCGUUAUCUUGGUGAAAUCUUCAUGAAAGCGGCCACUGCGCCAGAUUUCCCGUUGGCCGGUAAGAUUGAGCUUGCGUGGCACAAGCCCGAGACGGAUGACACAUUGACCGAAGAUGCGGCGAACAACAACGAACUUACCUCCCAAGAACCCGGCAAGAAUGGCGAUGCUGCGCCAACUGGCGCGACUGCUAAGGAAGUCGAUUACGAUGUUGCAGCAGAUGACGAUCUAUGGGGUUGAGAAGGCAAGGCGCAGAGGCUUGGUAUCACGGAAUCCGCUAUUAUUAGAGGACUGCCCUCAAUAGUGUCUAUGGUCCGCAUGGAUUCGCGAAUCAUCUGUGCCCUCACGUGGCCAUUUCGCUGCGAUGAUCGCCAUGGGGGCCGGCUUCUUAGCGCGCAAGGCUGAAUUCAUGCUGCGCCACAUCGGCCUCAAAUCCAACACCAAACGAACGUACCUAGGUAAUUUUUGGCUUCAUUGGAUA